CAAUUCAUUGUGCAACGUCAGAUUGCCUUUGCAUCUCGUACCAGUCAAGUGGUCCGACGUUCAAAGCACGGCUACUCCCUAGACCACCAGACCCCAUAGGGUACCAUCCUUUCCCUCGAACCCGUUGUCCGGAACCUCAACACCCACGACUGCCCCUCACUGGCAAGCCGCCAUCAUGCCCGUCAAAUCGCGAUUUAAUAGGCUCGACGCCUUUACCAAGACGGUCGAAGAUGCGCGCAUACGUACAACAUCUGGCGGAAUCGUCACAAUCGCCAGUCUGCUCAUUAUCCUCUGGUUAUCGUGGGGCGAGUGGGUCGACUACAAGAAAGUCACUGUCCGGCCCGAAUUGAUCGUGGACAAGGGAAGAGGCGAGCGCAUGGAGAUUGCGCUCAACAUAUCGUUCCCACGGGUACCGUGCGAAUUGCUCACGCUCGAUGUCAUGGACGUGUCCGGAGAACUGCAGAUGGGCGUGACACACGGUAUCAACAAGGUGCGAUUGAGCCCAGAGGCAGAGGGUAGCAAGGUCAUUGAGGUCAAGGCCUUGGAUCUGCAUGCCGACGAAGCAACACACCUGGCGCCCGACUACUGCGGAGAAUGCUAUGGCGCUCCUCACCCGCCCAACGCAAAAAAGGCUGGCUGCUGCAACACCUGCGACGAAGUGCGCGAAGCCUAUGCCUCUGUCUCGUGGUCAUUUGGUCGCGGAGAAGGUGUCGAACAAUGCGAGCGGGAGCACUAUGCAGAGCACCUCGACGAACAGCGCCAGGAGGGAUGUCGUCUUGAGGGUAGCAUCCGUGUCAACAAGGUGAUUGGAAACUUCCACUUCGCACCCGGAAAGUCUUUCUCAAACGGCAACCUCCACGUACACGACCUGGACAACUACUUCAGCGAUAGUUACUCGCAUACUUUUACGCACAACAUCCAUCUGCUCCGCUUCGGCCCUCAGCUCCCCGAUGAAACCAUCAGGGAUAUUCAGAAGGCCCACAUGGCCUCUGGCCCUGGCCGUUGGUCAAACCACCACAUCAACCCUCUUGACCAUACCACGCAAAGCACUGACGAAAAGGCCUUUAACUUUAUGUACUUUAUCAAGGUUGUCCCGACUCUCUACCUGCCCCUCAACUGGCAUACUGUUCCUCGUUCUACCCUGCAUGAGGACUUUCUUGGUGCUGGCUACGAUCCUUCAUACAGGGGUAGCAUAGAGACACAUCAGUACUCUGUGACUAGCCACAAGCGAAGCCUGCAGGGCGGCAAUGAUGAAAAGGACGGACACAAGGAAAGGAUUCACGCCCGCGGUGGCAUCCCGGGUGUCUUCUUCUCUUACGACAUUUCACCCAUGAGGGUCAUUAGCCGCGAAGUCCGCGAAAAGACUUUCUCUGGCUUCCUUGUUGGCAUCUGCGCCAUUAUUGGCGGCACGCUUACCGUUGCUGCGGCUGUCGACCGCGCUCUGUAUGAGGGUGUGAACAAGAUCAAGAAGCUACACUCGCAGUAGUGAUAUGGUCACGGUGAGUAGUCGGGUCAAACCUCCAAGGCAGAACCCACAUUCGUGCUGCAUAUGUGUGUAAUGCCUGAGGUGGAGUUUAUGGCGUCCUAUUUUGGCUUUUUAAAGGGAAUUAGAUGGAUGGCGGUUCAGCCAAGUCCGUAAGGGGGAAUGGCGGGGCGGGUUAGGUUGUGAAGUGGAAUAGAUCUUGCGUAUUUAGCACUGAACGGCUGGUAUCUUCUAGAUCUGGCUUUCAACGGAGAAAAACUUACAUAAAAG